GACCACUGAAGUUACAGGAAGUAAACAAAACAGGAGGAAAAUCUAAUGUAUUAAUGUUAAUUGUUGUUAUAGUAUGAAAAUUUACUAAUAAAGGCGGUGUUUUAGUUUCGUUGUAAAGUGCAAUGGCAGCUCUUGACACUGUACGAAUCCUUCAACUUGACCCAGAAGUGAAUUUGAACAGACAUUUAUUUCGUCUACAAAAAGGUCUCAAAUUAAAAUUUUCCUUGAGUCCUGAACUACAGCCUUACCCUGGCAAGCUGUUUUGUAAUCACCCAGAAAAAGGAAAGGCAUUCAAACGAAGUCGUUAUCACGAACUGACAUGGCAGAAAUCAUCCAGUUGUAAAUGUCAUGAUGGUGAUCGAUAUGCUGAGAUUGAAACAUAUGUUUCAGGAUCCUUCCAUUUCUACUUUCAAUAUUUGGAUAAUGAAAAGAAAACAAAACAAGUCUCUGGAUAUUUUGUUGUUGAUCCGAAACUGACUUUUCCCAAUGGAAAUAUUCUUCCACUUGACUGUAUUGCUCUGCAAACCUAUUUAGCAAAAUGUCUUGGUCCAUUAUCCUGUUGGGAAGGACGUUUAAAAGUUGGCUACAAAGCAGGGUACAAUAUGAUCCAUUUGACUCCAGUUCAAGAGCUUGGAGGUUCUAAUUCAGCGUAUUCACUCCAUGAUCAGCUAAAACUGAACAGUUCUUUUAAUGAUAAUGGCCAAAAAUAUGAAUUUGAUGACCUCAAGAAAAUUAUCCAAAAACUUCACAUGAAAUGGAAGUUGUUCUUCAUUUGUGAUAUCGUACUCAACCAUACGGCAAAUGGUAGCCCAUGGUUAAAAGAUCAUCCUGAAUCUGCCUACAAUCUGUCCAACUCUCCACAUUUACGGCCUGCAUAUGUUGUUGAUCAAGCUUUAUGGCGGUUCUCUUGUGACAUUGCAUGUGGUAUUUAUGAUUCACGUGGUAUUCCUGUUUAUAUCAACAAUGAGCAACAACUUGGUCAUUUGCAUGCAAUUCUCAGUAAUAAAAUAUUGCCAGAGCUAAACCUUUGGGAGUUCUAUGGAGUGGAUGUGAACAAAGUAGUUGAUGAAUUUAAAGUUUCGCUAAUGCAGAAAAUGGCUGCGAUGAAGAAUUCACAGGGAUCAACAAUGAUCGAAGGCAGCGUUUCUCCCGAAAUUCUUGUCGUUCAGGAUCCUGAAUACAAGCGUCUCGGUAGCAGUAUUGAUAUAAAGAAAGCUGUUAGUUGGUACAUAUCUAAUAGGAAAACAUCACUGAGAGAUAAGGAAUGGGUUGAGCAUUGUUGCUCGUCUCUGCAGAUUAUUUUAGAAAGUCUGAACAACAAGAUAAUUUAUGACGAUAUCGCUGACCACAUAAGAACAAUAACUCAUAAUAUUGUUUCAACUGUCCAAUAUGAACGUCUUGAUUCAAAUGGUCCAAAACUUGGCUAUCUUACUCAGUAUCAUCCUCUCGUCACUCGAUACUUUAUCGAUCUGAGUAAAGAUGAAUAUGACACAUCUGAAUUUAACGAAUCUAUGAUGUACGCGUCAGAUUGCAAGUACAUUGUUGCACAUCCCGGAUGGAUAAUGGGAGGAAGUGCUCUUGACGAUUUUGCAGCUCCUGGUUCGUUCGCUUAUCUCAGAAGAGAAGUGAUUGCUUGGGGUGAUAGUGUUAAACUGCGUUAUGGAAAAAGACCUGAAGAUGCACCUUUCCUAUGGGCUCAUAUGUUAGAGUAUGUAAAACUUACUGCUAGUAUUUUUCACGGAAUACGUUUGGACAAUUGUCACAGUACACCUAUACAUGUUGCUGAGUAUUUCAUUGAUGAAGCUCGUCAAGUUCGUCCUGAUCUCUACGUUAUUGCGGAACUUUUCACUGAAUCAGAGUUUACAGACAACGUCUUUGUGAAUAGACUUGGUUUGACCUCACUUAUUAGAGAGGCAAUGUCUGCGCAUGACUCGCAUGAGCAAGGUCGACUUGUCUAUCGUUACGGUGGUGAACCUGUUGGUGCUUUCUUUCAUCUUUCUGGUAAACCCAUGGUAAACUCAGUCGCGCAUGCGCUCUACAUGGAUGUAACACAUGACAAUCCUAAUCCUACUGAGGUACGUUCGGUGUAUGAUUCAUUCCCUACAGCAGCAUUGGUGAACAUGGCGUGUUGUGCUACCGGAAGCACAAGAGGAAAUGACGAGUUUGUUCCUCAUCAUGUGAAUGUUGUGACUGACAAUAGGAAGUACAAAUCCUGGAAGGAAGAUAACAACAAUGAAGAUAUUACUACUAUUUCAUAUCUUCCCGAUAAUUCUGGGAUGAUUUUAGCUAGACGUGCCCUUAACAAACUUCACAGAAUGCUGGCAAAGGACGGUUAUAAACAGGUUUAUGUUGAUCAAAUGAACUACGACAUAGUUGCUGUAACUCGUCAUUGUCCUGAGAACCAUUCCACUGUCGUUCUUGUUGCACAUACGUCAUUUACAAAACCUGAACAAAAUCGUGUCCCGAGUACUGUCAAUAAACAUGUAGCAACGUACGAUAUCAAACCACUUCAUGUUGAAGGAGUUAUUGACGAAAUAAUAUUGGAAGGUCGAACUUUGUUCAAAGUAGGAACAAAGGAAUUUGUAAAAAAUGAUGAUUUUAUAAAUGGACUUGAGAGCCACGUCGUUUAUAUUCGUGAACAUUUUUCUGUUGAAGAAUCACAGAUGGUGCGAGUAGAAAAUGUUGAAGGAGGCAGAAAUGUUUAUUUUGACGCGUUUCCUUCUGGUAGUGUGAUUGCUUUCAAGGUUUCGCUUUUUUCAUCAGUAAAAGAAGCUGUUACGAAUGUGAGAGAUUCAAUCAAUGGAUUGCGUAGUUCAGAUCCAUCGAGCCGGUGUGAUUCAAUGUUUAAAACGCUUACUCUUUCUGAUAUGAACCGCAUUUUAUUCCGUUGUGACUCCGAAGAGAAAGCUGAUGGUUUUAAUGGAGGAGCUUAUGAUAUCCCUAACUUUGGACCUUUGGUUUACUGCGGUAUUCAAGGCUUUAUGUCAAUAAUGUCAUCAAUUCGCACCAACAAUGAUUUGGGACAUCCAUUAUGUCAGAAUCUCCGACAAGGAAAUUGGUUGAUGGAUUACACUGCUCAGCGCUUGAUGCGUUUUCAAGGAACUAAAGAGUUUGCUGUUUGGCUUCAAAGUGUGAUAGACAAUAUUUCCAAACUUCCUCGUUUUAUGGUCCCUGGCUAUUUUGAUGUGUUUAUUUCUGUCGUCUACAUGCGUCUAAAAGAGCAUGCUCUCGAAAAAAUGAGCAGCUUCAUCCAGAAUGGAUCAGAUUUAGUCAAGUCAUUAGCAAUGGGCUCCAUCCAAUUGGUAGGUUCAACCAGAUCUGCCCCAUUACCUGGCUUAUCUCCCAAUUUGUGUGAAAUCAAUGAAAAGGCCAACGAGGACCUUCAGCUUCUUACUAUUUCUGCGGGAUUGCCUCAUUUCUCAGUCGGAUUGUGGAGAAGCUGGGGACGAGAUACGUUUAUUUCACUUCGAGGGUUAUUGUUGGUCACAGGACGUUAUAAAGAAGCAAGAAAUUUGAUAUUAGCCUACGGCGGUUGCGUUCGUCAUGGAUUAAUUCCUAACUUGUUAAAUGGUGGAACAGGAGCAAGAUACAACUGUCGUGACGCAACAUGGUGGUGGUUGCAAGCUGUUCAAGAUUAUUCUCGUAUAGUUGCAGGUGGUAGUGUUAUAUUGAAAGAUCCUGUGACAAGAAUGUAUCCUUAUGAUGAUUCACCAUCAUUAUUACCUGGAGAAGUUGAGCAACCGUUGCAUGACGUCAUUCAAGAAAUAAUGCAACGUCAUUUUUCUGGUAUCGAGUUUCGUGAACGAAAUGCCGGUCCCGACAUAGAGAAAAACUCUCGAGAUGAAGCAUUCAACGUCAAGAUUGGAGUGGAUCGACAAACUGGGUUUGUUUUUGGAGGAAAUGAAUGGAACAACGGUACAUGGAUGGAUAAGAUAGGUGAAUCGCAUACAGCAGGAAAUGCUGGCGUACCUACUACGCCAAGGGACGGCAGUGCUAUUGAGAUUGUUGGUCUUUGUAAAUCAACGGUACGAUGGCUUGCUGAUUGUGCAAAAAAGAAGGUAUUCCCUUAUGAUGGAGUAGAAGACGACAAGGGAGAAAAAUGGACUUAUGUAGAAUGGGAGAAAAAAAUACAGAACUCUUUUGAGAAGAAGUUUUGGAUUUCUGAAGAGCCAAAUAUUGAAAUGGAAGGUUCUGAAAUGGGACUUGUGCAUAAAAGGGGAAUUUAUAAAGAUUGUUACAAAUCAAGCCAUCCUUUUACCGAUUACCAACUUAGACCGAAUUUCCCCUUGGCGAUGGCCGUGGCUCCUGAAAUGUUUGUAGCAAAGAAUGCAUGGGUGGCACUUGAAAUGAUAAGGAAACAUCUUUGUGGUCCACUUGGUGUGGGAACAUUAGAUCCAGAUGAUUGGGCGUAUGACGGAAUUUAUGAUAAUUCUCAGGAUUCCGAGAAUUACAAAAAUGCACGUGGAUUUAACUACCACCAAGGACCGGAAUGGCUGUGGGUUCUUGGACCAUACCUUAGAGCUCGUCUUUAUUUCUCAAAGAAGAUUGGUGGUGACAGGCAGUUUGCGAGCACAUGUGAAGAAGUAAGAAUUAUCUUGUCUAAGCAUCAUAAACAUUUAAUAAACUCGCCGUGGCUUGGCCUACCAGAGUUGACAAAUGUUAAUGGAGGAUACUGUAAAGACAGCUGUGAUGUUCAAGCCUGGUCAAUGAGUUGUCUUUUAGAAGUUUUUUAUGAUAUGGAAAAAAUGAUGGAAUGAUCUGCAUAAGACUUAACAUUUCGUAGAAGAUAAAGAUAUUGAAUUUGGAAGUAAAAGAGACAGUUGAAAUUAACAUUUUUUCCAUAUAAUGCGUAGAUGUAUAGCCACUAAUGAGGUUAAAGUGUAGAGAGCUUUUUCAUUAAAUAAUAUAGUGAAUCA